AUGAAGUACAUUGAUGAAAUUGAUUUAGAACUAGUCAACCAAGAGCUAAAUUUCACACUGGCUGAUAAUUCAUUGGAGAUUAGAGGUGGAUGUGAGUUGUUCACUACGAAACCAAUUGCGUCUGAUCGUAAAUUGUUCAAGACAAUUGAUAAACAUUUGGAUCAAAUAAUUGAGGAUAACAUGUUGUCUCGUUCGUUAGAGAAAGAACGACAGAAUUCGAUAACGUCGUUGUUUGGUACUAGCGGAAGUCCUCACGAUAUUCGAAUACAAGAGCAACAACAACAACAACAACAACAGCAGCAGCAGCAGCAGCAGCAGCAGCAGCAGCAAAAACAACGAAGGUCAAGCUCUACUCUGGGAAGAAUUCAAUUUCACAAGGCACUGAUUCCUGAUAUCCCCGAACAACAACCAACUAGUGCUUCUCUACUUUCAAAGUCAUUGAAUGCAACUGAUGAUAGUUUCACCAUCAAUGACCCAGAACAAGAUGAACACGCAAUUGACGAUUCACCAUUUGGUCCUUUGAAAAACACAACCACAAGACGCACAUUUGCCUACCUCAUUGGUAUCUUGAACCAUACGUUUCCCGAUCAAGACUUCAGUAAUCUUCAACCAACACACGAUUUCAUUAAAGUUCCUAUAACUGACUUGCUAACCAAAUUUGACAAUUUAUUGAUGUCUUUGGGUAAGAGCGACGUUUUGCAUUGGAUGUGGGAUAUACUUGACUCGUACAUGGAAGUGUUGCCUUCAAAAACAUCGUCUCCUUAUUUGGCUGCACAGGACACUGACGCGAAUGAGAAUAAUCAUCAUCAUCAUCACCUGGAGGCCGGUACAAGUAGGAAGAAUAGUAUGACCAACAACAGCAGUAACCACAACAAUGGAAGCAGCAAUAGUAUAAGGCACGGAUCGGGGUCCCCGCCAACUGCGAAACUACCCCAAGAAAGCUGCAGUAUAUAUCUGUUUGAACCAGCUAAUGACUCGAUAUUUGAGGAUAUCUCAUACCCGUAUCAGCCAAUGUGGAGUUAUUUCUGGUUUAUUUACAAUAAAAAAAGGAAAAGAGUUGCAUUCCUUCGAUUGAUUGCUAUAAAUAAGGCUGACUUGGAACAGGAAGAAGAGGAGGAGCUAAAUGCGAAUGAUGAUGAAGGUGUCGUUGGUAACAUUGAACUUUCAUAA